CGCGUUGGCUCAUUACGCAUUCUCUCGCACCGAAUCCGAGUUCUUGAUUGAGAUGUUAUAUUCCUCUUGAUUCUUGUGUUCUGUGUUUGAUUAAAUUGAACGCAGUAUGUAAUUAAUCCAUAUUUCCAUCGCGUUUCGUCGUUAUUACGUGUUAAUUUGCCCCGGUUUUCGGAUUCAUGUGAGUUGUGUCCGCGUCGUCGAUGCACCAGUGACCGCGUUCGGGUAGUGAUGAUCGUGCCUUCGUGUUUCUUUGAAAACUUUCGGUUUCGAUUCCGCAGUGUGUUUUCGAGUGUUGCCCUUAUUGUGAAGACGAUGUUGGAUAUCUGGUCAAAACGAUGUUUGUUCUUGUACUUGCUUCUAGAAGGAUUUGGUUUUGGGCCUGGAUUCAGCCAAUUUUGUAGUGCACCGAGCGGUUUUAGAGAUAGUGUCGCGUCGCGAGUGUUUUCAGCUUGGCGUCGGGCAAUUGGAUAACUCUCUGCUGAAACACGUGAUGCUAGCUGCUCCAUGGUUGCAGAAUCUGGUGAUCGAGGUGAACUCAGAUGAACUCACUGCAGAUGAGAUUGAUCCAUCAAAGUCAUUGCAUGAAAAAGGGCUGAAGCUCGCCUGCCUCACAUAAGGACUCUAAAAUGUCAAAAGCUGAUUUACUGAUCAACAAAGUAACCGGCAUGAAACCCGUCUUCGGCCGACGUUACAAGGAGACAAAAGAGUGAGGACAGGAUGUGGGAACUGGCCCGGCGCGCUCUCCUGGGCGCACUGACCCUGUGCUUGUUGAGCAACGUGGUCGACCUGAGCAUCCCUGCGACGCCCAAGAACGCGGCCAAGAGCGCGACACCGUGCAAGUUGUCUGAGUUCUACUGCGACACCGGACAGUGCCUCCCGCUCGAUAAAUUCUGCAACGGCGCCGACGACUGCGGAGACAAGUCCGAUGAACCGAAAUACUGCACCCCCUGCAACAGGACGUACUAUGGUCAAGUUGGUCGAACUUACGAGUUGGAAAUCCGGCGUCCACGGGAGGACCGACUGCCCCUUCUCUGCUUCCUCAACUUCACUGCCGCUGGCGGAAGUCUCGGUGACUUAGUUCAGCUCACAUUCGACGCUUUCACCGUGGGCCGUUUCGUCUCCUUCACGAUGGACGGAUGCCCGGACGGGUACAUGACAAUCCGGGAAGAGGGACGACCGGACACGAAGGGGCAGUGGUGUGGCAGCGCCUGGGGCUACACCGUUUACUACAGCGAAACGAGAUCCCUCAACUUAUCACUUAAUUUAUUUACACUUUCUGAUCAGGGUAUUUCAGGGUAUAAUUUUGACUUUAAAUUAUCGUAUAAGUUCCUAAAAUAUAACGAAGCUCACUUAAGGUAUGGGAACAGUAGUCAACUAAGCUACCGAGGAGAGUUAGUUCAAGGUAGCUACUGCACUAGACAACUGAAUAAAUGUGAUACAAGGCCUUGCAGGGUCCAGUCACCGAAUUUUCCGGGGAUCUACCCGCGAAACGUUACCUGCUAUUAUAGACUAGAACACAACAAAGUGCCUUCAGGCAAACAAGCUUUAAUCGCUGUUAGACAAAGAAAUAGCCACAAAAUUCAUAUAAAAGAUCAAAUGGUAAAAUAUGAAAGAAGUCAACGUCUUUUACGGGUUUGGGACGAAUGCAACGUUGUGCAGGACUACCUGACCGUAUACGACGGUGGGAGCACGAUGGACCCGGUGUUGGUGCGCUUGUGCGGCGGCGAUGCCGUACCCGACAUCAUCAGCAGCGGCCCGGACAUGCUCCUCGAAUUCCAUACUUCGCCUUACGACAAUCCGUUUCACCCCGUGCCUCUUAGCUAUCUCCCUGGAUUCGAGCUCGACGUUCAGAUCAUGUACGUCGAAGCCCGCUCGGGCUCGAGUUCGAGUCCAGGGGGCGUGUCCAGCGUGGGGGGCGCGGGCGGGGGGCAGCGGAGCAGGGCGGGCGACGGCGGUCGGAGCCGGCUCAAGUGCCUGUUCACGGUGAGCUCCUUCGACUCCUCGUGGGGCCUCGUCGAGAACCCCCGGCACAGCCUGCCCCCGAACACGACCUGCUUCUACCAGUUCCAGGGCCGCAAGGACGAGACCGUGUGGCUCUCCUUCAUCAAGUACCACGCGGCCAGCGCGGGCACCAUCCAGUCCGGCGCCUACCACGACGCCGAGUGCAACGCCCGCCUCCGCAUCUGGGACGGCAGGCUCCCGUCUGAGGCACAGCCCCAGACGAAUUCGACGUUGAUACACGAGUUCUGCAAGGAGGACGCGCCGAAGCUGUGCGACCACUACUUCCUGAGCAACACGACGCGGAUGACCCGCCCCUGCUCCCUCUCGGAGAGCUACAUCUCCCGGAGCCAGGACCUGACCCUGGAGCUCUUCCUCCGGCAGGGCUCGGUCCUCUACCCGAUCAACUUCCUCCUCCGCUACGAGUUCGUCAACACGGCGCUGGAGGGCGCGCGCUACAACGAGUCCGGCAACCAGUGCGACCGGCUCUUCAAAUCUGAGAAGUCCCCCCUCGGCUCCUUCCGCUCCCCGAAGAGCGUCUUCUUCUACGGGCGCGGCGGGCGGCGCAACGUCACCUGCAUCUUCCGCUUCGAGCCGCGCUGGGACGAGCAGGUGCGCAUCAAGCUCACGCGGGUCAAGUUCGGCAACCGGCUGUGCAGCACCGUCUUCGACUCGCGGAUCCCCGGCAAGCAGGUCUGCUCGCGGGAGUUCCACACCUUCGGCUUCUUCAACUCCCCGCACAACUCGACAGAGGGCGUGAGCGAGCUCUGGAUCAACGAGUACCCGUGGGCGGAAGAGAUCAAACUCCCGCGGCACUGCGUUUGUUCCGAGCUCGACAAAGUGCUCACCUUCACCAGUCUCAUAUCAUCCGUCAUCGAGCUUAAUUUCACUAUUUUAAACAUGAACAUAACCGAGGACUACAACGACUACUUCUUCGAAGGCGAGUUCAACUUCGUUCACAUCGCCGACGCGGACAGCGUCCGCAAAUGCGAGCUACUUAAACUAGACCGGCGAUUGAGCGGUACUAGUGGGGAGAUCACUCUGCCGCGGAAACCGGAAGUCGUGGACCACAACUCCGAGGUAAAAAUCACUCAGAUUAGGCUACCCGAGCAUCUGCUUUGCAAUAACUACCCGUAUUUAAUCCAAUCGAGCGAUAGUUAUUUGUAUCUCCGGGUUCGCGGCUACGAGUUGGGGUACCAGAGUUUGCUCCACUGGCAGGACAAGCUGUACCAGACGCAGUGCUCGACGAAGAACCGCGUGGUCGUGUAUUCGGUCGCGGAUUCGAGGGAUUUCAAGGUGGUCUGCCCGCAGGAUACGUCGCGCUACACCAGCUUCGACGAGGACGUGCAGCUCUUCUCCAAGGGCUGGCACGACGCCUUCAACCAGGAUUACACCAUCUUGAAGCCGCUCGAGAGGAAUUUCGUCGUCGAGUUCAUCGGUGACGAACAAGAGACGGAGAGCUAUUCGAUAUUCUGGAUGCAGGUCUCCAAGAGGCCGGAUCUCGCGCCGGCCGUCUCGUCCAGGCUGUCCAGCGAGCACACCAUCCUAGACUGCCCCUACAGAUGCCCGGAGCUGAACGCGUGCAUCUCGUGGACGCUGUGGUGCGACGGGAAGCCGCACUGCCCGGGCGGCUUCGACGAGGAGGAGUCCAACUGCGCCUUCCAGUUCGGCGUCUCCUUCCUGUACAUCACGAUCGGGAGCAGCUGCCUCUUCAUCCUCAGCGUCCUCCUCCUCCUCACCCUGUGCAUCCGGAGCCGGAGCAAGGAGAAGUACGACCCCUCCGAGCGGCCCCGACCUCCCCACCCCCACCCCCACGGGGGCCACAACCACCUCCACCUCAACCAGAACGGGGACUCCGCCAAGCACAUCCACCAGCUCCAGACCCAGCUGCCCUCCACCGACGACCUCUUCAUCGGCGUCAAGGACAUCUGUUGACACGACCUCGUCGCCAUCGAAACCACCGUCUAGUCAAUCUUUUGUUGAGUUGUUAUACUUUUUAAAGUAAGUCAGGCGUUGACUUCAUUUUGUGCCAGUCAAAAACAGGGGUCGGGCACAAGGUACGUUCUGCUACAGGUUAUGGACAAACGGGGUGCCGUAGUGGCAGCGCUGAGCAUGUAGGCAGAGGCGGAUCCAGCAAUUUGGCAACACCGGAUUUACGCCGUAUAUACCUAUGGAAAUGUAUCGAUUCUUAUACGUGCACCUGGCUCCUCCAAGAAUCGAUACAUUUCCAUAGGCUUAAAUGGAGGAAAUCCGGUGUUGCCAAAUUGCUUGAUCCGCCACUCAAUAUAGGCCGUCGAGUGACGUCGCAAGUCGUGCCGUCUUUGCCACGCAGUUCAAAAUGACCUUCGAAAAGGUUCUGGCAGAUCUGGUAGCUUCAAUAAGCUAUAAGAUGAAUUUAAUUUAAUUUUUUUUCUUUUUCUUCUGCUGGUUUUAUGGCUUUGUGUCUGACACCAAUUGAAAAAAUUGAUACAACUCAAAAUAACGAAAAACUUAACUAAGAACACGAAAUUGACGAGACCCACUCUCAGUUGAGAACGUAAACAAGUUUUCAAUAUGGCGUCGCAGUCGUACCAUUUGACGCCGUCAAAUCUACGCGUUUCGACGACUUUCUAAAAUGCCAUUUGUCCAUACCGGUAGUAGAGUGUACUUUGGUUCGAACGCCUUGAUUCUUAUGUACUGAAUUAUGUACUCAAAACAUUUCAAAUCCGAGUGUUGCUCAGUUCUUAACUGUAUUACCUGUAUCAGGUAAUUAAUAAAACUUAAAAGAAGAUUAGGCAACAUUUGGUGUAGUUAGGUUAAUUCUGGUUGAAUUUGUCCAAUUUUUGUCGAUUUCUAGUAUUUUGAGCAAAAGUUUUUGUUACAGUUUUACGCUGGGAUCUAUCAUUGAGUUGGAACGCACCUCACUUCGAUCUUUUACGAACUUUUACGAAACUGCAUGAGCUCAAAUUGAAAGAUGCUGUCGAUAAAAUGGUAAUGAUGACGAGGAAUAAGAUGAUUAUAAUUUUGAUUUUGAUUAUAAUUCUGUAGAUCUACGAACGUUCAAUCAUUCUGAGCUACAGAAGCAUUCAAAAUAGAAAACCGGCGUGAUGCGUUACUUGAUGCUAACUCGAGUUGAUGGCCGAUGUUGAGGCUGUCAUAGGGUUUGAAGCUGCAGUUUGUUUAAUCAGAGGAAACUUUCAGGAACUUUAAAGCUUUAGAACAAGCUAAUAACCUGGAAAUCAAAAAUAGAUUGCGAAUAGAUAGAUGCACGUAUGUUGUAUUUGCUCACGCAAAUACAGCACAUGAUGGAGAUUGCAACUUUUCAAACUUAAGUAUUCUCUCGUGGCACUAAUAGGAACUGUCGAUGAGCAAACUUUUCUGAACUUAAAUUAAAAUCUAAUUCGAAGCUCUCUGUAUCGAGUCAAAGUUUCCGACUUGAUCGGUGUUUACUCUAACGUACUGUACAAGAGCUGAAUUGAAGCGGCGAAGUCAUGCAUCUCAGGCAGGAUGCAAUGUGCAACGCUGAUCGGAACAGCCUGGCUAAGCUCAUAAACCGACUCGGCAAUCUCAUUGUCAAGCGCAUUGAUUAUCACCCCAUGAGGAUUUCGAAAA